AUGUCCGACACCAUCCAGGCGGCGCCGGCCCCGCGGGAACACAUGGCCACCUCCGACGCCGAGGCGGCCCUGAAGGGCCAGAAAGCCGACGAAGGCUACGAACUCUUUCAGGAGGCAAAUCCGGAGGCUUUCACGCCUGAGCAAGGCGAGGCAGUGCGUCGAAAGAUCGAUCUUCACUUGCUGCCCCUCAUGUGCUUCCUGUACGGCCUCAACUAUGUCGACAAGGUUGCCAUGGGAUGGGCUGUCCUCUUCAACUUUCGAGGAGACCUCGGCCUCGUCGGUACAGAGUAUUCCUGGGCGAGUAGCACCUUUUAUUUCGGGUACCUGGCUAGCCAGCCAUUUGCGAAUUAUAUACUACAGCGGUACAAGACCGCCAAGAUCCUGAGUUGGUCAGUGAUCUGCUGGGGAGUUCUGAUGCUGGGUCACCUCGGACUUAAGAACUUUGCUGGACUGAUGGUAAUUCGGUUCCUACUUGGCGUGGCAGAGUCUGUGGUGACACCCGGCUUCGUGAUGUAUACCUCGAUGUUUUACACCCGCCGGGAGCAGGUCAUGCGCACCAUGCUGUGGGCUGCCAUGCAAGGACUCUUCUCCAUAGUCUCUAGCUUGCUCUCCUUUGGUCUGGGUCACAUCACCAACACGGCUCUGAAACCCUGGAUGUACAUCUUCCUCGUCCUGGGCCUGCUUUCGGUUAUAUGUGGCUUCUUGUGGCUCUUCUUCAUGCCGGAGACCCCUAACAAAGCUAAGUUUCUCAGCCAUGAGGAGCAGGUCAUCGCGGUCCAGCGUGUGGCUUCAAACAUGAUGGGUAUCAAGGGAUACGAGUGGAAGGGAUACCAAGUCUGGCACGCCGUCCGUGAUCCCAAGACCUGGUUUAUCCUAUCUUUUGUCUUGUUCACGCAGCUGCCCAACGGUGGGCUUACAAGCUUUGGUUCACUCGUCAUUUCCGGGUUCGGUUUCGACGCUUUCAAGACGCUCCUCAUCGGCCUUCCUUCGUCGGUGGUUAGUGCCGGCAGUAUGGUUGUCUGGGGAUUCUUCUCCCUCAAGUACGGCAACCUCAGGACACUUGGCAUGACCGUGCCGCUGCUGCCCGCAAUUGCUGGUAUUGCUGCCGUUUACGCGACCCAGAACACAGGAGCCAACAAGUACGGUCGCGUAUUUGCUUAUUGGCUCAUCAACUCUUAUGCUGUGACUUGGCCCUUUGUCCUGACCAUCGUCGGCCAAAACGUUGCUGGUCACACUAAGCGUGCCGUUACCAACACGAUGCUGCUCGUUAUCUUCGGGGCCGCCAACAUCGCCGGACCCUUCCUCUUCCGAGACCAGGAUGCCCCGAAAUAUGUGCUCGCGAUCACGACAAUCUUGGUCUUUUUCUGCAUUGCGCUUCUGUCGGGUAUCCUGCUGCGUGUCUACAUGGUGGUCGAGAACAAGCGCCGAGACCGCCGCUAUGGGCCGGUCGACAACCUCGAGGAGAAACUGGACGGUAUGCGUCUUGGUAUGCACGACAAGACCGACCUCGAGAACCCCGACUUCCGCUACGUUCUGUGA